CUCAGACAACUAAAUCGAUGUAUCGAUAGUUUUUAGCCUGGCCAACCGAACCAAUGUUUAUUGUUAUAAAAUAAAUGUUAAAAAUAAACACUUAAUCACUUAAUAUAAACAAAAACUAGUGCAAGCAUUGUUAAAACCACCCCCGCCCUCGGAACUUACCUCAUCGCGGGCGUACAACAACAAAUAGAACAACAACAACGCCACCAGCAGCAGCAGCAACAACAACAAGCAGGAGACUCAGAUUCGCAACGCAAUCAAAAAAAAUAAAACGGAAAAAACAACUACAAGGCGAAACGCAUAAAUAAAUAGGGAAACAAAUAAUAGUAAUAAUAAGACUAAAAGCAAGUGGAAAAGUACGAAAGCGAAAAGAGAAAACAUAUGUACGUUGCGUGAGAGUGACGUGUGUUUGUGUGUGUGUGAGCGAGCGAGAGCGAACGAUAGAGGGGGCAAAAACAAAAACAACAGCCAGCAUAAGCGAGACCUUGAAAACUUUAAAAGCAGCAGAAAAAACAAAAAAAUAAAACCAACAAAAAAAAAACAAAAACAAAAAAGGCUGAAAAAAUAACAAAAAAAUAAAAAAGUAUAAAUAUUUUAAGAAGAAAUAUUUGUAUAUAAAAUUAUUAGAGAGGAGCGGAGCCUAUACUCUGUUAUGGAGAGUGACGAUUUUCAUUUACCGCAAGGCGCCAAUUAAAGGGGAAAAUCCAUAAAGCGAGGAUUGCCAGUGGAAAAGCCACAACAAAAGGCAAUUUCCCACGCCACUAAAAAAAAGUGGUGGAAAAUCGGGCAAACAAAAUGGCUGCAGCAGAGGCGGGCAACACGGGCUCCACAGGAUCCGGAUCCGGAUCUGGAUCGGGUUCGGCCUCAUCCUCGGAUCCUGCCAACGGCCGGGAGGCCCGCAAUCUCGCCGAGAAACAGCGACGGGAUAAGUUGAAUGCCAGCAUCCAGGAGCUGGCCACCAUGGUGCCACAUGCAGCCGAAUCCUCACGACGCCUGGACAAGACCGCCGUCCUCAGAUUCGCCACCCAUGGCCUGAGGUUGCAGUAUGUCUUUGGCAAAUCCGCCUCCAGGCGCCGACGAAAACCCAGCUUGAAAGGCUCUGGGCUCUCCGCCUCGGCUGGCGGAGAUCUAGCCAAUCCCAGUAUGCAUCUCACGGACACCUUAAUGCAGCUGCUGGACAGCUGCUUCCUCACCCUUACCUGCAGUGGCCAAAUCGUUUUGGUCUCCUCCAGCGUGGAGCAGCUCCUGGGUCACUGUCAAUCCGAUUUGUAUGGCCAGAAUCUGCUCCAAAUCACCCAUCCCGAUGAUCAGGCCUUGCUGAGGCAACAGCUAAUACCCAGGGAUAUAGAGACCCUGUUCUAUCAGCAACAGCAUCAGCAGCAGGGGCACAAUCCCCAGCAGGGCCACUCCACAUCCACAUCGGCCUCAGCCUCUGGCAGUGAUCUGGAUGAGGAGGAAAUGGAGACGGAGGAGCAGCGCCUGCAGGAGGAGCAGCAGCAGCAGCAGCAGGACGAGGAGGAUGAGGAUGAGGAGCACCCGUAUAACCGACGUACACCCAGCCCGCGGAGCAUUGCCCAUUUGGCGGCCAUCGAUGAACGCCUGCGUACGGAUCGUCGCUGUUUCACAGUCCGCUUGGCCAGAGCCUCCACGCGGGCGGAGGCCACGCGGCACUACGAACGGGUGAGGAUUGACGGCUGCUUUCGCCGCAGCGACUCCUCGCUGACCGGCGGAGCUGCUGCCAACUAUCCCAUUGUCUCCCAGUUGAUACGACGCUCGAGGAACAAUAAUAUGCUGGCCGCGGCCGCAGCUGUGGCGGCAGAAGCGGCGACAGUGCCGCCCCAGCACGAUGCCAUUGCCCAGGCGGCGCUGCACGGGAUCAGUGGCAACGACAUUGUGCUCGUGGCGAUGGCCAGAGUGCUGCCGGAGGAACGGGCGCCCGAGGAGACGGAAAGUCCGCUCGGCCUGACCAUCUAUAGGCAGCCAGAACCCUACCAGUUGGAGUAUCAUACGAGGCACCUUAUCGACGGCAGCAUCAUCGACUGUGAUCAGAGGAUUGGUCUGGUGGCGGGCUACAUGAAAGAUGAGGUGCGUAACCUUAGCCCCUUCUGCUUUAUGCAUCUGGACGACGUACGCUGGGUUAUUGUGGCCCUCCGGCAGAUGUACGACUGCAACAGUGACUAUGGUGAGAGCUGCUACCGUCUGCUAUCCCGGAAUGGUCGGUUCAUCUACCUGCAUACGAAGGGCUUUCUCGAAAUCGAUCGUGGCACCAACAAGGUGCACUCAUUCCUGUGCGUCAACACGCUGCUCGACGAGGAGGCGGGCCGGCAGAAGGUGCAGGAGAUGAAGGAGAAGUUCUCGACCAUAAUCAAGGCUGAGAUGCCCACGCAGAGUACCACUCCCGAUUUGCCCGCCUCUCAGGCGCCGCAGCAACUGGAGAGGAUUGUACUGUAUCUGAUAGAGAAUCUGCAUAAGAGUGUGGAUUCGGGCGAUGCGGUUGGGGGACAGCCCAUGGAGAGCCUGAUGGACGAUGGCUACUGUUCGCCAGCGAAUACGUUGACCCUCGAGGAACUGGCUCCAUCGCCCACGCCCACCUUGGCCCUGGUGCCGCCGGCUCCCUCAUCGGUGAAGAGCUCCAUUUCCAAGUCGGUGAGUGUGGUCAAUGUGACGGCGGCCAGGAAGUUUCAGCAGGAGCAUCAGAAGAUGCGCGACCGAGAUCGGGAUCGGGAGCUGCUGAGGGAGCGCAGCCACUCCUCGCAACAGGGAGUGAUCCGGCAAUUGAGCAGCUGCCUCAGCGAGGUGGACACAGCAUCCUGCACUCUAUCGCCGGCUAGUAGUUUGAGUGCUGGUGAGGCGCCCGAUACGCCAGAUCCACACAGCAAUACACCGCCGCCACAGCCGCUUCAUACGCGUCCCAGUGUUCUGCAUCGAACACUGACCAGCACGCUGCGAUGACGGGCUGAUGGCUCCUGGUUUGCCUUCUAAUUGGGUGUGGAAAGGGACGCCAUUAGUAGCUCACAUUGCAUCUUUGAUAUAAACCAAACCAAUCGCAAGUGAAAACCCAAAAUGUAUCAGAUACUUUUCAAGCUUAGCCAAAAAAAAAGAAAGGAGUAGUUAGUUCUAACCAGUGGUUUUUAGAGGCUUGGAAACUUGUAUUUUAUUAUUCCCAGCUCCAGACAUUUUAUUAAUGCAAUUUGGGUUCAGUGCCUAUAUAAUGACUGGCCUUAAAAGAGCAAUUAAAAAGGAAAAACAGAAUUUGUAAUAUAAUAACCCUAUAAUUAUAUGGGAAUUCCCUCUCUUUCUGGUUUCAACUACCUACUUUUCAACUUGUUCAAAGUGCAUUCUUAAUCACAACCAAACGAAAUUAUUAGCUUUGUGUAUAUUAACAUAUUAUAACAUGGUUUCAUUAUAGUUUCCUUAAAAAAUUAGGACGCAUUUAUUUCGAGAUUGUGGCAGUAGUAAUAAUCUGAUCACGAUGAUCGCUAUUAAAAAGUGUAAGAUACAAUUUGGGAAUCACUGAUUUUGCAAGUGAUAUCGAUGCGAAAUAGUUCGGCUAUAUGUUAUAUUGUAUGCCGAUCGGUGUGUGCUGCUAAGACGGCGUUCCAUAAUCAAUAAUCUUCGUUAUGUAAUUACGUUUAAUUUGUAAAUAUGGAUGUGUGUGUGAGCACGAGUGCGUCUGUGUGCAUGGGUGUGUUUGAAGACUAGAUCAGUGCUCGGCUUCGGUUUUAGUUGAAAUCUAAGCCCCAUUUCCCGAUUUCCCAGUUAUCACCCUCCGCCCCCCCCGCACACCAGUGUAAAAAGAGUACAAAAAACAAACAAUUAUAUAUUUAUUUUGCCCUAAGUCUGGAAACGCUAGAAACGACUCAUUAAUAGUUAUACGGAUUUCGCAAUCGAUGGAAACUAAACGCUCGACUUUUUUUUUUUUGCCAUCGCCACAGUCAAACUUCUCGAAAUUGAACUCGAAAGUCUCCUGAAAAUUUGAAUUUAUUAUUUGUUAAUAUUUUUAAUGCGUAUAGAGAAUCGAUUUUAGGUGUGCUUUUAAAAAAAUGGUUAAAAUUUCCUUAAAAAUCAGCCUAGUUUGGAUAUUUUUAAAGAUUUUAUAAAAUUGAAAUGCAAAUUGUUAGUGUUGGAAAAGUGUUUAGUACGAAAGUACAAAAUAGAAAACCAAA